CGCAAGCCGCGGGACGGCUGCGAAAUCUUGCCAAGUCCAUUCCGUCCCCACGUUGCCGCCGUCGAUCGGCUGCGAGCGUGGACAAGCCCCUAUGCCCUCGAUACGGACUCGCUCCUCCGGCAGGAGCUGUCGCCUAGUACGGCGAACACCGUCCAGGAUCUUGUUUUCGCGGCUCUUGAGCCGUCUACCCUCUCGACGUACGCCGCUGGGCUCCUGCGCUUUCACCAGUUCUGCGACGCCGAGGGUAUCCCCGAAGGCCAUCGCAUGCCGGCGUCACCAUUCCUACUCGCCGGCUUUGUCUCUCGUUUCGCCGGUACUGUCUCGGGCAAGACCGUCGCUGCCUGGCUUGCCGGCCUCCACGCUUGGCACGACAUCAACUGUGCGCCAUGGGAGGGCGAUCAACGAUUCAUCUCCCUCAUCAAGAUGUCAGCGGCGAAACGGGCCCCCGCCUCCUCGAAGCGCGAGAAGCGGGCCCCGGUCACAAUUGAGCACCUGUUUGCCCUUCAGGAAGGGCUCGACUUCAGUUCUAGCUUCGACUGCGCCGUGUGGGCCGUCGCCUGCAUCGCAUUCUGGGCGUGCUGCCGCCUUGGUGAGCUUACUGUUCCCUCAAAGACAGCAUUUGACCCUCGGCGCCAUGUUACGAAGUCGGCGGCCAUCCGCUUUCGCACCCUGCCCGAUGGCUCAGAGUCCGCCCACCUCCACCUACCGUUUGGGAAGAUGGAGAAGGAUGCCGGUGUCGAUCUUUCCAUCCCCGGACGCCCCCUCGUAUGCGCCGUCGCGGCCCUCAGGCUCCACCAACUUGCUAACCGACGUGUCCCACCCGACGCGCCGCUGUUCGCGUUCGAAACGGCGGACGGUUCAUGGGCUCCCAUGGUGAAGUCCUGGUUCCUCGGCCGCUGCCGCACUGUCUGGGAGAAGUCACCCGCCCUGCUCUCACAGGUUGCGGGUCAUAGCUUCAGGAUUGGCGGCGCAACAGAGCUCCUCCUGGCUGGUGUGCCUCCCGAGACCGUCGCCGCCCAAGGGCGCUGGAAGUCGCUUGCAUUCCUCUUG